UUUUCUUAAAUAUAACGAAUUCCAAAUCUACCCCUAUCACCAGUUUACAUAAUUACCCUUCCAAUUUCUUUAUGUUUCCUUUUACGACAGUUCCAAAAGUCGACAUGGCGGCAUAAGAUUCCGACACGUCGACAUUUUUCUUGGGCCAAAUUGGCCUUUCAGUCCAUCCACUUGCCGCUCAUCUUUCUCAAUCCUUCACCAAUUUAAAUGUUCAAAUCCAUUACUCUCUCUCUUUUUCCUCUCUCUUUAAUCGGUUCCUCCGCCGUGCUCCGCCGUCUCGAUUCGCCGGACUGGAAUUUCCGUAUCUCCGAUUUGGCUAGGGUUAGUUCCGGUUCCACUACCCCACGCACAUUCCUUAUUUACCGUUCUUUCGAAUCUCACGAUCUGCGGAUUUCCGGAUUGUACCGAAUUCUGAAUCUGAGACUGAAAGGUGUCCUUCAUUUGCCUGUGGUGGAAUUCGAGUAGAGAAGCUUCGACCUGUUUCGACAAAAUAGGUAGAAGGUCACGGGAAUCACUUGUGUAAGCUUGGUGAACAGUUGUUUUGAAAGGACGACGUAAUCGAGAAGUCUGUCUUUCGGUUAGUUUUUCUUGUUUCUUUGUUGAGUGCUUUCUAUUUGGCUCUUGAGGAAAUUUCGGGAAAGGAAAAGAGUACAGAAAUGAAUUUGUUUGUUUCUUUGUUCUUGUGCUUCUGUUGAAUGUACUGAGGUAUAACGUUAAUCGAGAAUUUUCGUUUCUAGCUUUGUGCCACAAGUUUCUCAGCUGGAAGUUUGGGGGCUUUUAUUUUGUUUUGCUGUUAAAUGCUAAUGAAACUGAGAAAGUUGCAACCCCAUUAGCUUGAUUUUUGGUUGCUUUGAUAAUGUGAUUUGAAAAGCCAAGUAUUUCAUGUUAUGGCUGGCUAAUUGGUAUGGUAGUACUUUCACCUUUUUCUUUUGGCAAGAGAAAGAAUUGAGUAAUUGGAAAGAAUUUUUGUUUAUAUGUAUUUAUUGGUGUUUCUACUGUUGUCUGUUGCAGUUUGUCUGCAAUAUCAAGUCUCUGGAGUUAUUGCCUGGGCUUGAAUCCUUUGCUAAAGCAGAUGUAACUGAGGCGCGUGAAAUAAGUUGCUAGGAAAAGUGAUCGCCAUCCAGGAAAGAGCCAAGUAUUCAAAUCUCAACAGGAGCAGAUUACAUGCACCAUGCUCUCACUUACCUACCUUACAUGUUGGUUGAACUAUGUAAUAUGGUUUAUACCAUUUCCUACAUCAGGUUGAUUUAGCUGAUUCUCCCUUGUUUUUGGUCAUUCUGUAGAGUCAAAAUGAAAACAGAAGUGAUGGUUGGUAAAAUGAUUUAAAAAAUUGUAGUCCACGCUUAAGUUGAAUUGGAAGUUCUUUAGUUUAGGCAAGCGUAAUAGCAGAAGAAAUGUCUAAAGAGACUGAAUCCAGGAGGUCACCCAGUCCCGUUGCCAAAUUGAUGGGUCUGGAUGGGAUGCCAGUGCCGCAUCGGCCGUCUUAUAAACAACAGAAGAAGACGCCAGGGAACCAUUCGCAGAGGACGGUAUCACCUGAAAAAUCUCAAAGGCGUGCUGCAUCUGACGACAAUCAAUUGUAUGCACGAAGUUCAAGGCAGCAGCAAAAAUUUAAGGAUGUCUUUGAGGUACAGGAAACAUCGAUGAAAGGAAGCAGCAGUUUCUCAGUACCCAAGAUUGCAAAUCUGAAGCCUGCUCGAACAGAGAUGGAAUUUAUUCAUAAGAAGUUCAUGGAUGCCAGACGUCUUGUAACUGACGAGAAGCUACAGGGUUCCAAGGAAUUUCAUGACGCCCUUGAAGUACUGGAUUCAAACAAGAAACUUCUACUGAAAUAUCUUCAGCAGCCAGAUUCUCUAUUCAUGAAGCAUCUUCUUGACAUAAAUGAUGUUCUUCCCCACUCUAAUUGUAUUCAUACGGUAUCUAUGAAAUCAUCAGAUGAUGAGAAUCAUGGGUGCCAUGACUCUGGUAGGAAGUCAGUGAGGAGAAAUCCACGGAAGAAGCACAGAAAAUCUCGCAAACAUUGUAGCGGUCAUAUCAGCCCCUCUGAUUCUAAUUAUGUUGCAAAAUGUCCUGUUGAAAGUUCUAGAAUUAAAUUAGAGGACGAUGAAAGAAUGUCUAUCUUCCCAAAAAGAAUUGUUGUUUUGAAGCCAAAUCUUGGGAAGGCACAAAAUUCUUCCAGUGUUAUAUCAUCCUCGCAUGCUUUUCAGUCUGAUUGUAGAAAGCCAUCAGAAUCUGAAAGGACAGAGAUCAGGGGGAUGGAAACUUUGAGAACGAAGAACCAUGAUGACGAUCCAGGGGUAUCAAGUCAUGAGGUUAGAUCUUCUAAAGAAGUUUCCAAGAAAACUAGGCAAGUGAGAGAAAAUUUUGAAUAUGGUUCCAUGAGUUCAUCUCUUGGAAUAGCAAGACAUGAUAGGAAUGCAAGUCCUUUUAUUGGGAAUGAUUUAGAGGCUGGGAAAUGCAAUACCAGCGAUAUGUUUGGCUUAAAUGGUCAACGCCGGUCUUCAUCAUUCCGUUAUAAACAGUCAUCCUUGAGUGCAGAGGCUAAGAAGAGACUAUCAGAAAGAUGGAAAACUACUUGUGACUACCAUAAGACGGGUGUUGUUAGUAGGAGUUGCACACUGGCAGAGAUGCUUGCCAUGCCUGAGAAGGAAAGUACACCUGCAUAUAUGGAACCAAGGUAUCGAGGAGAAUCUGGCGGCAAAGUUUUUAAUGACCAGUGCAUCGUACCUUUUGGCAUAAGUAGUAGGGAUGGCUGGAAGGACAUCUGCUUAGAGAAAUUAUCUAGGUCAAGAUCUCUUCCUGCCUCAUCAACUGCCUUUGAGAUUGUUAAAACAAAAUCCAAAUCUCUGAGGAUGGAUCCACUUGUGAUACCAAAAGAGGCCUUCAAGUGGGAAAGAAAGGAGGCAAUUAGCGAGAAUUUAUGCCAAAGGGAACAUAUAGCCCACAGAAAUUCCAGACAUAGGAGAAGGAAAUCUCAUAGUUCUAUCUGUUCACUUGAGGAAUUUAACGACCCUGUACUGGAGAUUUGCACUAGCCAGAAUCAAGACAGCGAUUUUAAAGACAAUGAACCAGCCGAUGGGAAUCUGCUGGUUGUUGAAGAAUCAACACAUUUCCCGGUGAAGGACCAAACUCAUGUUCUCGAAAGUUGGAUGGAUUUGAGAGUGAAAUCUGAUGAGGCGAUUGUAUCCUCUAAUGAGGAACUUCAACCGGAAUUGUCGGUUCAUUCAGUGGUAGAAGAUAUUUCUCCCUCUGGGGAUCAAGAUUGUUUUAUCUCUAAGGAAUUGUCGCCUGAGGGAUCUGAAGAUACUUCAUUCCAUUUGAAAUCUAUAUCUGGAUUAGAAUCUCCUGUAAGCUCAAAGGAGGCUGAUCAGCCCAGUCCAGUUUCCGUUCUGGAACCUCCUUUUACAGAUGAUCUACCGCCUGGUUCUGACUGCUUUGAGAGUCUCAGUGCUGACCUCCAUGGGCUUCGAAUGCAACUCAAGUUACUCAAGUUAGAGACAGAAGCUUUCACUGAAUCUGAAGAAACACAGCACAUCUCGAGGGAUGAAGAUGGAGUGGAAGGUUCCAUUGGGUUUCCAGAGGAGAGAUAUGCUUGCAAAGUUGAAGAUAACUGGGAGUUUUCAUAUCUAACUGAUAUCUUACAGAACUCAGCUUUUAAAGAUACCGACCCCGACAUAUUCAUUGCAAUGUGGCACUCUCUGGAAUGCCCUGUUGAUCCUUCUACAUUUGAGGAGCUCGAGAAGAAGUAUGCGGUUUGGUCUUCUCAACCAAGGUCAGAAAGAAAGCUACUUUUUGACCGUAUAAAUUUAGGAAUAUUGGAUAUUUACCAAAAAUUCACUGACCCUUAUCCAUGGAUAAGGCCCCCAACAAUUCAAGUAGGGCAUAGUGAAGAGCUCUUCAAUAAUUUGUGUAAGUUUCUAGCUAAGCAAGUGAAGAAAGUAGAUGAAGACAUUGUAGAGAAAGUGGUGGGGAGGACAACGCAAUGGUUAGUGUUGGGGUAUGAUGUUGAUGUAAUAGGCAAGGAGAUCGAGAGACUAAUGGUAGAUGAACUCAUAACUGAGGUAGUUGAUAUGUAUUUAUAGAUGAUGUAGCUCUCAUGUCGAAAUAAGAUAUAAAGCCUUUAAACUUAAUGCAUGAGGAGCCGCCCCCCCCCCCCCCCCCCCCCCCCCAAAAAAAAAAAAAAAAAAAAAAACA